UCUUAUCCCCGUAUAUGAAAUUUAGAGCUGAAUUUUUCAAUAACCUUAGUCCUAUGAAUAAUAACCGAUGCAAAUCAAAGAAUGGCAACCUAUAACGUAUUUUUUCUAUACUCCCUCAUAUUCUCCUUCUCCGCCAUGGUCAUUAGUCUAACAACCAUCACUCCAAAUACAUCAAUUUAUUACAACGAGACACUGAUUUCCGCAGCUAGAAUUUUCGAAGCUGGAUUCCACAGCUUUGGAAAUUCACAGAACCUAUACUUCUGUGUAUGGUACAUGAAUAUUUCACCUAGAACAAUUGUGUGGGUAGCAAACAGAGACACCCCCGUGAAUACCUCUGAAGCAACGUUCAAAGUCAGCAAUGGAGGAAAUCCAGUUCUAAUUGAUGGAUCAGGGACCGUAAUUUGGUCUUCCAAUGCAACAGAAACAGCAGCGGAUCCUGUUCUGUUGCUGUUAGACACAGGGAACAUGGUUGUAAGGAAAGGAAAUAGUAGCAGCGGGAAUAUUUUGUGGCAGAGUUUUGAUUACCCCGGCGACACGCUACUCCCGGGGAUGGUGCUUCGCGUUAAUCGAGUCACCGGAGUAUACAAUUCUUUGAGGUCUUGGAAGAAUUCAGGUGAUCCUGGAAGUGGUGAAUUUUUGUACCAUUUAGAUCGUCAUGGUUUUCCACAACUAGUUAUUGGAAAAGGUUCAUCAACAUGGUUGUAUAGGAUAGGUUCUUGGACCGGGUUUUUCUUCAGUGGAGUUCCUUGGGAAACACUCUACAGGUACUUCAAUUUUUCCUUUGUACUAAAUGAUCAAGAAGUUCACUUCGGAUAUGAGCCAAGAAACGCUUCAAUUGUUUCUAGAUACAUGAUAACACCUCUGGGAACCGUGCAACGGUUUCUGUGGUCUUCUGAGACGAAAACGUGGCAGCUUUUUCUUGCUGGUCCACAGGACCAGUGUGACAAUUAUGGUUUGUGUGGCGAAAAUUCAGAGUGCAAUGUUAGUAACUCUCCACAAUGUGAUUGCCUUGAUGGUUUUGUGUUAAAGUCUGCUGGGAAUUUGAAUGGCGGGUGUGUUAGGAAGGUGGAUCUGGAUUGUGAUGAGAGAGAUGGGUUUGUGCAGUACAAAGGAGUGAAGUUGCCGGAUACUUCUUCGUCGUGGUUCGAUGAGAGCAUGAACUUGCAGGAAUGUGAGGAGAAGUGCUUGAAAAACUGCAGCUGCACAGCGUAUGCAAGUUUAGAUGUUAGAAAUGGCGGAAGUGGAUGCAUCAUUUGGUUUAAUGGCCUCGUGGACAUGAGGUCAGAAUCUGAAGGGCAAGAUAUUUUCAUUAGAGUGGCUGCUUCAGAAUUAGGAAAUUCAAGGAGUAAAGCAAACAAGAAAAAGCUAGCAGGGAUUUUGGUAGGAAGUGGAAUAAUCAUAUUGGGGAUCCUAAUUGCUGGAUAUGUCAUCUAUGUAAGGAGAAAGAAACAUGAGAAGCCAGGUGAGGACACAGGGAUUAACCAGGUGAAUCAGGUUCAGAAAUAUGAGAAGGAAGACAUUGAAUUACCUACAUUUGAUUUUUCAACCAUAGCUAAUGCAACUGAUCACUUCUCUCCCAGUAACAUACUAGGGGAAGGUGGAUAUGGACCUGUUUAUAAGGGUGUGCUAGCAAAUGGGCGAGAGGUAGCCGUGAAGCGGCUCUCAUUGAAAUCCGGACAGGGACCCCAGGAAUUCAAAAAUGAGGUUACCUUGAUUGCCAAUCUUCAGCAUAGAAAUCUUGUGAAACUUCUUGGUUGUUGCAUUGACAAUGAUGAGAGAAUCCUAAUCUAUGAAUACAUGCCAAACAGAAGUUUGGACCAUUUCAUUUUUGAUCAAACUGGAAGCAAAGUUUUGCGUUGGAAUAUGCGUUUGCAUAUUAUAAGUGGAAUUGCUAGAGGUCUUCUUUAUCUUCAUCAAGAUUCAAGACUAAGAAUUAUUCACAGAGAUCUAAAGACCAGUAACAUUCUCCUUGACAGUAACAUGAAUCCCAAAAUAUCAGAUUUUGGAUUAGCAAGGGUUUUUGGAGGUGAUCGUGUAGAGGCCAACACAAUAAGAGUAGUAGGAACUCAUGGUUAUAUGCCUCCUGAGUAUGCAGUUUAUGGAUCUUAUUCAGUUAAGUCUGAUGUCUUUAGCUUCGGUGUUAUUGUGCUAGAGAUGCUUAGUGGGAGAAAGAACAGAGAAUUUUUUGAAGAGCAACAUCAUCAUAACCUUCUUGGACAUGCAUGGAGAUUGUGGAGUGAGGGUAGGCCAUUGGAACUUAUGGAUAGCUUUAUGAGAGAUUCAGUUAUUAUAUCAGAAGUGAUAAGGUGCAUUCAAAUAGGGCUAUUGUGUGUGCAAGAGAGGCCAGAUGAUAGGCCGGACAUGUCUUCUGUUGUUCUAAUGUUGAAUGGUGAGAGAGCGUUGCCUAAUCCAAGGCAACCAGGGUUUUAUCCACAUGAAGUGGGUUCUUCAACAAGCAAACAUGAACUCUCUUCCACUAAUGAAAUUUCCAUUUCAUUGAUAGAGGCAAGAUAGAAGAUAUCUGAAAAAUUGAGUAUUGAAAUAGAAAAAUAUUGAGUGCCAAUAUUUUUUAUUAA